UGUCGGCGUUAGUAGUUGCAUUGACCCCAUGUGACUGUUUUCUUUCCUUGCCCGUUUCAACAUAGAAUCAAAUAUAAUCAAACGCUAUUCUGUCUCGACUUUCAGAAGCUUCAUCAUCACAACUACAAUAAUAAUAACUUAGCUUCGCUUCCAUCAUCUCUCUAUCUCUAUCUCUAUCUGCUUUCUUCAACAACCCUAAAUUGUUAGCUACAGAAAACGAAAGAAAAUGAGCAGCACUAAGAAGGAAGUGAUUCGAUUGGAGCGUGAAGCCGUCAUCCCCGUUCUGAAGCCCAGAAUCAUCAUGCAUCUCACCAAUCUCAUCGAACACCAUACUGACCGAACAGAAUUCUUGAAGCUCUGCAAGAGAGUCGAGUACACAAUUCGAGCAUGGUAUCUUCUUCAGUUUGAAGAUCUCAUGCAACUGUAUUCACUCUUUGAUCCUGUCCACGGGUCUCAGAGACUGAAGCAACAAAGCCUAUCAGAACAAGAAAUUGAUGUUCUUGAACAGAAUUUCCUCACAUAUAUGUUUAGGGUGAUGGAGAAAAGUAAUUUCAAAAUAUGCUCUAAUGAGGAGAUUGAUAUUGCACAAUCAGGGAAGUAUCUUUUAAAUCUUCCUAUCAAAGUCGACGAAUCAAAGAUUGAUAAGAAUCUAUUGAAACGUUACUUUGAAGAGCAUCAUCAUGAUGAUCUUCCCGACUUUGCUGAUAAGUAUGUCAUCUUCCGACGAGGCAUCGGAAUCGAUAAGACCACUGACUACUUUAUCAUGGAAAAACUGGACAUGAUUAUUUCACGUCUAUGGGCUGGGAUUAUGAGAAUAACCAGACUAGGAAAGCUUUUUUCUAAAAAGUCCAGUGUGCGAAUUAAGAAUGACCCGAAGAAAGAUGAUGAAGUUACUAAGGAAGAAUUACCGGAGGAUUUAGUUGUUGAAAGGGUCCGGAUUGAGAACUUGGAUAUCAGUUUACGGAAUUUGGCGAGUAAGAUUACCAUUCAAGAACCUACAUUUGAUCGGAUAAUUGUUGUAUACAGGCGGGCGAGCACCAAGAAGGGAGAAAAGGAACGAGGAAUCCAUGUUAAGCAUUUCAAAAAUAUCCCAAUGGCAGAUAUGGAAUUAGUCCUACCUGAGAAGAAAAAUCCAAGUUUAACCCCCAUGGACUGGGUGAAAUUCCUUAUUUCUGCUGUAGUUGGACUGGUAGCUGUCGUAGGUUCGGUUGAGACACCUCAAGCUGACUUUUGGGUCAUGUUUGCUGUUCUCUCUACGGUUGUUGGUUACUGUGCUAAAAUCUACUUCACAUUUCAGGCUAAUAUGGUUGCAUAUCAAAACCUAAUUACUCAAUCCAUGUAUGACAAACAACUGGAUAGUGGUAAAGGCACUCUUCUUCAUUUGUGUGAUGAUGUCAUUCAACAAGAAGUAAAAGAGGUGAUAUUGUGUUUCUUUAUAUUGAUGGAACAAGGCAAAGCAACUUUACAGGAUCUUGAUGUACGAUGUGAGGAACUAAUUGAAGAGGAGUUUGAUGCAAAAUGCAACUUUGAUGUGCAUGAUGCAGUCCACAAGUUAGAAAAGAUGGGCAUUGUUGCUAGGGAUUCAAUUGGAAGGUAUUACUGUGUUGGUUUGAAGCGUGCAAACGAGAUUAUUGGCACCACAACAGAAGAGCUUAUACUCAGGACCACUCAAGAGCAUGGCGGUUCUUGAUGAAAAUGCGACGUGCUAUAUACAUACAUAUUUGUUAAAUUCUUUUUUAGUUUUUACCUGUUGUAUGUAAUAUUUUUUGCAUCCCUGUAACUGUGUGAUUGCAUGAUCAAGUUUUAGGUUGUGAUUGUGUUUUCUCCCCUGGUGGUGGUGGUGGUGGUGGUUGGUUUAAAACAUCGUAGUGUACGAUGUCGAUAUAUAUAUGUAUAUAAAAUAAACAAUUAUCAACAAUUGUUCUAAUACAUGUAUUUGUUCAUGUA